AAACUGUAGUAAACAAUCUGUCGGUGUACCACGCAGAUCUAAGAAAGAUAAAUCCAAACCACAAAUAUGAUGCAGCGAAACCCCAGUCAUUCAUCAAGAUCAGAAUACCUAAGUAACCUUGAAGACUUUCUGGAGACGGCGAGAGACAAUUUGAGAAAUUUUACAGAGACUCUGGGAUGGACCGAAAUAAAGGAUGUGACAGAUAUGCAUUCAAAUUCUGAGAAGACUAGAAGCCCAGAAAAGAGUAACGAAUUCAACGAAGAGCCUCUGUUGCCCGCAAUACCAGUAAAAGGAGUGUCUGCUAUUACCAUCGAUGCUGAUGUACAAAGAAAUGUGUUGGCAGCAUACAGGAGACCAGAUGCACCUGAUCAAAGGCAACCUCCACUAGCAGCUGGAGAAUUGAUUGCCAAUUUCUCAAGGCAAGAGCGGUUGGCGUUGUACGAAUACACAUUGCAGAAUGCUGCUGGAGUGGCCCCUCCACCAGAGCUCUCCAUGAUGGAGAAUGUAUUCAAGAAGGAGGAGCAGCCAAAGGAACUGUCUGGCCUUGAGUUGGCAAAGGCAAUGAGGGACUUCAAGAGGCGACGGCAGGCAUAUAGAACGAAGGUCUCGACAAAAAACAAAAGUCAUACAGAAGUGGCUAGAGAAGUAAUACACAACAUGAUGGUGUAUAUAGGAGCUACAGAAUUAGAAACCGAUGCUCCUCAUCAAACUUCUGAACUCCGAGAUGAAAUUGGCAAGGAGGGAGAGCAUCCUAGUGACCAAAAGGACUGCGUCACCCACAGCAGGAAAGAGAGUGCUAGUUCUUCCAGAGAUGACAGCAGCCCAUUUAGAAGGUCUUAUGAUCGUGGUGAUGAGAGAGACAAGCAUGAUAGGCGAAGAGAGCAGGAGAGUGACAGUAGAUAUAAUAGAAGAGUAGACAGAGGUGAUAGCAAUGAGUCAAGGAAGAGGAACAGAGGAGAGGGUAGAGAAGAAGAAAUAGCUUAUAGGAGGGCAGAUAACCGUGAGAGGUGUGAUUAUGAAGUGAGGGAAUAUAGAAAAAAUAGUAGCAGAUGGGGAAGCAGUUUUGAUGAGGCAAGAGAUGACAAACAGCUAGACAGGAGGAGAGAGAGGGAGGGAGACUAUAAAAGAGAAAAGGAAGGUGUGUACAGAGGAAGAAGUAGAGAAGAAAGAUCAUGGGAAGAAAGUGGAAGAGAGAAAGUAAAAGAAAGGGAUAAAAGAUAUAUAAGUGAAUUUGAAAAAGAUUAUUACAAGGAUAGAAAGGAAAGAGAAAGACAGAAAUACCACUCUGAAUACUACUGUCCAGAAGGAAAAGAGAGGAAAUAUGAGACAGAGAGGGAACAUUAUUCAAACAAGAUGGAAGGUAGGUAUGGAGAAAGGAAUGAGAGGGAAUUUAAAAAAAGAAUUAAAGUUGAAAAGCAUACAGAGGAUGGAGAGCUGUCAAGCUCAGAAUCAGAGAAGAGGGGCAGCUCAUAUGAACGAGAGAGCACUUCGACAGACCACAAGAAGAAACGGAAAAUGAAAAAGAAAAAAGCAAGAGAAAACACAAGAAGAAAAAAUCCAAAAGCAAUCACAGACAUUGCAGUAAAUCAGAUAGUGAGGAUCUGUCAUCUGAGGAAGAGCAUCAGAGAUAUUACAAAAAAGUUGAUGGAUAUGUAAAAGAAGAAAAAAUAUAGUAGCAUUUACAAGUGUUUGACAUGAGCACAUGAAAACCAGUGCAACAAAGGCUCUGUCAAUUUCCUCAAACCUGUAAUAAGUACAAUUUAUCAUAAAUAAUAAAUGUGAUUAUUCCAUCUUCUCAUUCACUUGUUGCUGUGUUCUUGUUCUUCUACUUAUUAUUCUUGUUCUUGUUGAUAUUGUUUCCUGGACAUCAUUUGCCUAGUCAUCUGAGAAAGUCCAAUUUUCCAAAGCCUUUUGUAAGAUUUUUAAGAUUAUUCCUGAAAUGUUUUAUUCUAAUACCAGAUGAUGUAUUUUGAGCUAAAUAAAGGAGAAAUAAAAAUUU